GUAAAACGUGGCGUUGGCAGUCAGCGUGCACAAGGUUAAUGAUUAAGUUGUGCUGCUUAGGGAACAGUGUGACGGCGGACGUUACCGAGAUAUGAGCAACAGGUGCAUCUCGAUAUGGACGGUUUGGGACACAGGAAUAGCAGAGAAGGAAACGAGGAUGAUGGAGGAGACACGGUUUCAUCCGUUGUCCCGUAUAGAGAGGAGGACGAAGGGUUUAUAAAAGUGUCCGGUGAUGUGGAAGAGAAUGAAGAGGAGGACAAGGAGACAGGAGCAGGUCAGACAGAGAAGAAAGCAUGUUCUGGCCUGGGCCUCGUCUACACUCUCCUCGCCUCCCUCUUCUUUUCCGUCGCUUCUCUACUCGUGAAGAAACUCGACGGAAUUCAUGCCGUGGAAAUCAGCGCCAUUCGCUGCUUUUUCCAGAUGCUGUUCGUCAUGCCAGCCAUGAUCUACUACAAAAUCGACUUCCUGGGUCCCCAAGGCAUGCGAGUGUACCUGUUUCUCCGAGGUUUCCUCGGAUCGAACGCUAUGAUCCUGCUGUACUACGCUGUGCUCCAGAUGCCCCUGGCUGAUGCCACCGUCAUCACAUUCAGCAACCCCGUCUUCACGUCCUUGCUGGCUUGGGUCUUCCUGAAGGAGCGCUGCACUCUAUGGGACGUCGUAUUCACCAUGUUCACCCUCACCGGAGUCGUCCUGAUAGCGCGGCCGCCCUUCCUCUUCGGCCGCGAGUUCUCUGGCUUCGAGAGCAACUACGGCAACCACGUAAAGGGCACCAUAGCUGCCUUUUCCAGCGCCAUUGCGGCAGCAUGCACCAUGGUCAUCUUGAGGAAGAUGGGCAAGAACGUACAUUACUACCUCGCCGUCUGGUAUUACGCUCUCCUGGGUUUCAUAGAGUGUAUCGUAGUGUUGUUCGUCAUAGACGAGUGGGCCUUACCGUCGUGCGGCUGGGACAGGUGGAACCUGGUGGCCAUCGGGGUCCUGGGCAUUUGUGGCCAGACCUUCCUAACCAAAGCACUGCAGGUGGAGAAAGCCGGUCCUGUGGCUCUCAUGAGGACAAUGGAUGUGGUGCUGGCCUUCAUUCUGCAAUUCCUCUUCCUUAAUCGCACGCCCACUUGGUGGAGCGUCGGAGGAGCGCUGUGCGUCAUUAGCAGCACCACCGGAGUGGCGAUCAGGAAGUGGUUCGACAGUACAAGGCAGAGAACCUGAGUACAAACGAAUUUCACAUUUUAUUCCAGGUCUUUAAUAAAUAGUCAGCAAAUAUG